CACACACGCACACGUACACACGCACACACACAUUCACCCCAGUUUACCGGACCCCUCCUCCAUCGCUGCUCCACUUACAGUCUCUCUCUCUCUUUCUCUCUCACCAUUUCCUCUACACCAGCAGAGCCUCUGUAACAUCCUCAAACCUCCCUCGCUCACUCCUUCUCCCUCCCUGCGUCUCUCGCUCAUCUCUCUUCACUCUCCCAGUAUACCCACCAUCAGCUCACUUAGCUCACUCCAACUCCAUCUCACGCCGACUCCAGACCCUUCUUUUGUUCCUGCCCUCCUCACUGCUGUCGGCCCUCCGCUCCUCCAGACAAAAGAAAAUCAACUCAAAAAAACUUUUGGAAUUCUUUUUCCGGCUUUUUUUUUUUUUUAAACCUCUCUGACCCUCCGCUCUUCCUCCAGACGGGGAGAGGCUGACUGGUGUGCACGAGCUGACACCCGGUGCCUUGCUCUUUGCCCUCCUGAGGAACUCUCUCUGCCACCGGUGACCGGAGAAGACGUGCACGGAGAACAUCUCAAUAUUCUUUACUCGUGUUUGAGGUUAUCCGCCACCAUGAAAGUUCAGCUGCUGAUCCUGUUGGCCCUGGCCGGUCCCUUCUGCGGCAUCACACGUGCCAGUCCCACCGGUCUCCCCGAAGAAAUGGGGGGCGUAACCGAGGUAACGCCUGAAAUCCCAGAGGAAGUGCACGAGGUGUUCACCGGGGCCCCCGCGACCGUACCAGCAGCUCUCCCCGCCGAAGUCACCACAGAAGCCAUCUCAGAGGUCGCCACGGAGACCGCCACGGAGACCACCCCAGAAAAAUCCACAGAGGCCACCGUAGAAGCCGACACACAGGCCGCCCUAGAGGUCGCCACCGGGGCGGCCACCGUAUCCGAAACAGAGGCUGCGACGGCGCAGGCGACCGUGGAAGACGCUUUCACCACCCAGGCCGCCCUCGUGGAGUCCACGACUGCGGAGACUCACUCGCCAGCGGAGGUGACGGAAGCGGCGGCUGAGACUACGGCAGAGGUCGACGCGGGGAAGACAGCGGCACCCACGGACAACCUUGUGGAUACUAGCACAAAGGUUGAUGGGCAAAUGGAGGGUGAGGAGGGUGAUGAAGGGAUGAGUUCGGGCCAGAUGGCCGGAGUGGUCAUCGGCGCCUUGAUCGCGAUCGUCAUCGUCAUCGCUGUGGUCUUCGCCCUCGUGAGGAGGAUGGGCAAAUACUCGGCCGCCAAGAAAGCCAAGAUCGUGAAAAGAAAGCGGGCAUCUUGGUUUCUUCCAUGAAGGAAAGAAGGAAAAACAAAGAGGCAGGAGCGCCCAGAGUUCUGGAAAUUGUGAACUACUGAAAUGUGAUGUCAUUUCCUGUCAUUAAACAACCAUGCUAUCAGCACUAGUCAAGCACUAGUGUAUGUGUGUGUGUGUGUGUGUGUGUGUGUGUGUGUGUGUGUGUGUGUGUGUGUGUGUGUGUGUGUGUGUGUGUGUGUGUGUGUGUGUGUGUGUGUGUGUGUGUGUGUGUGUGUGUGAGAGAGUGUGAGAGUGUGCGUGUGUGCGUCUGUGUUAUUCAGAGUUUGUGUGUGUGUGUGUGUGUGUGUGUGAGUACGCCUGUGUGUGCGCCUGUGUCUUUGUGUGUGUGUGUUUGUGUGUCUGUGUGUGUGUAUGUUUAUAUGUUUGUGUCGGUGGGCUGGUGGAGAAGAAAAAGGACAAGCAAUCAUCCGCAGCUCCUCCCGCAGCUCCACCAACCACCACCACCCCACCCCUCAUCUCCAUCCACCCACACCGACUACACCCCCCCCCCCCACCCUGCCCCCACAACCCAACAUGGUGGGGCGAAUUCUCUAGAAGACCUUCAAGGCCCAUUUGUUUGCGUCUAUAAAAGAGACGUGCUACUAAGUUAUUUGGCCGAUGGUGCUGUGAGCCUGCAACCUCUGGAAGUGGGCGGUGUUUAUCUCAAGACCAGUUAAUGCGACAAGAAAGAGGCCGCGAAUGGCUCCAUGUUAGUUUUCCUUCAAACAAAAUAAAAGUUUUAUCAAGUGAGGAAGUUCGGCGAAAGGAUGCUACGAAUUCCAAAAGGAUGUACAUAUACAGUCAAAUGUGAGGAGCUGACUUAGUCCACAGAUAAUUUCUAUCCAUCUCUUCACAGUUUCUCUUACCUUUAGCCUUCUACUAACACAGAGAAGCCCAAACAGCAGCCAUUCAGACUCUGCUGCUGCUGCUAUGUCCAAAGAACAAUUAGAAAAGUAUUCAGAACACCAGCCAAAGUUGAGUUACCUUGCCAAAGUAACUUGACAUAAAACGGAACCUCAGACAAUCGCAUGAAGCACAUAGUGCAGAUGUUGUUCUGACAAGGGCUAACGUAGAGAGCCUGAUAGGAAACUAGACACCUUCAUUUGCGAGGGGUAACGUGACACAUUCUGCCCUAUUUAACACUGACUUAUAAAAACAUAGUACAUAUCUGUGAAAUUCAGCAGAAGGGUUUGUGCCACUGUCUCUCUGGUAUUCCACCUAGUUUAGUUGGGGAGGAUUUGAAAGCGGCAUUAGUGUGAAUGGCCAAGUACAGGUCUAUUUUACGUCAGCUGGUCCUUAAUAAAAACGUUUGGCUUCCUCCCAUCCGAAUGGCCAUCGUAUAUUAACACAUCUCAGUGUUUCAUAGACAAUGUGUAGCAUUUACUUACUGAAUGUAUUUAUAGCACAGCAGCACUCACCCAACUAGCAAGUACACCAAAACAGCCAUGGACAAACACAAGCAAAACCCCAGCUGACAGAGAUGAACUACUUUUUUGAUUUUAGUGCUCAGUGUAAGGCAGCGACGCCCUGUCGUGUAUUUUGUUGUUCUUGUUUUGUUUAUUAGUUUCUUGUUCUUAUUCUCGCAUUUGUACGUUCAAUAAUGGUUGUAAAAAAAAAAAAUUAACUCUGCUUAGCUCUGCUUGAUUUUAGAAUCUCCGUUUAAUUGUCGUGCACUGAACGAGUGAUCUAACGUUUAAUGGCGAGGCUUUAGACACCGCAAACAUUUGCAACGUUAUCUAUCUUCACAGCCCUGUGCACCCCGCCCUGGCCCCUAUUACCACAUAGUAACAACUCGCUCUUCUAUUUUUUUUGCUUUAAUUUGUAUACUUUUAUUUAAUUGCAGUGUUUUUGCUCAUACUGUUUCAAUAAAAAAAAAUCAAAUACUAAA